UGGCAUGCCGCUGUAAUGGUGUAGCAUUCUGUAUCUGUCACAGAGUCAUAAUCGGGCUAAAAGCAAGAAUUCUCCCUUGGUAUUCACAUCCCAGCCCAUCAUGGCACCGACACAGCAGAAGCUCUGGGUAAACGUGUAUUAAACAGAGGAAACAGCAGGACCUGGCUGAUUGUCACUUGGAAUCCACGCCAUGCCCAGCACUGGCCUUCCUCCGGGUCUCUCACCUUAAGGACUUGGACUCGCAAGAUGAGGUGAAGGACAACAUUUCAAGAGAAACACAGCAACAUCAUGACCAAGAACAAAGAACUUGCUGUCAGAAUCGUUUGCUUCAUGUGUAUCGUGACCAUGAUAGCUGCAGCAACAAACCAGUUCUGUAAUGAAAGUGGGCUUUCAGUAUGCAGGUCAAAUAUAGGCCUUACUCGCAUUCCAAAAGACCUGUCGCCAGUUAUCGAAGACUUAGAUGUGUCUCAAAAUGACAUAACUGAGCUUCAAGCCUCUGACCUCAGCUUUCUGUCAAGGCUGAAAGUUUUAAGAGUUUCCUAUAAUAGAAUCCAGCAACUUGACCUUAGCGUUUUCAAGUUCAACCAUGAUUUGGAAUAUUUGGACUUGUCUCAUAAUCAGUUGAGAAGGAUAUCCUGCUAUGCUCUUAUGAGCUGCAAGCACUUAGACCUCUCAUUCAAUGACUUUGAUGCUCUGCCCAUCUGUGAGGAAUUCGGCAACUUGACCCAACUCAGUUUCUUGGGAUUAAGUGCUAGAAAGUUACAACAAUUAGAUCUGCUUCCAAUUGCACACUUACAUCUAAGUUACAUCCUUCUGGAGUUAGGAGGUUAUUAUGUGAAAGAGAAUGGAAGAGAAAGUCUUCAAAUUCUGAAUACAAAAACACUUCACCUUGUUUUUCACCCCAAUACUUUAUUCUUCGUCCAGGUGAAUAUAUCAGUUAAUACUUUAGGGUGCUUACAGCUGACUAAUAUCAAACUGAAUGAUAAAAACUGUGAUGUUUUCAUUGAAUUUUUGUCAGAACUCACUAGAGGUCCAACCUUACUGAAUGUUACCCUCUAUCACAUAGAAACCACUUGGAAAUGCUUGGUUAGCAUUUUUCAGUUCCUUUGGCCCAAACCCGUGGAAUAUCUCAAUAUUUACAAUUUAACAAUAAUUGAAGACAUCCAAAAAGAAAAUUUUACUUAUUCUAAAACGACAUUGAAAGCAUUGACAAUAGAACACGUUAAAAACCGAGUGUUUAUCUUUUCACAGACAGUAUUAUACCGAGUGUUUUCUGAGAUGAACAUUGUCAUGUUAACCAUAUCGGAUACUCCUUUCAUACACAUGCUUUGUCCUCAGGCGCCAAGCACGUUCAAGUUUUUGAACUUCACCAGAAAUGUUUUCACAGACAGCAUUUUUCAAAAGUGUUCCACAUUAGUUAGAUUAGAGACACUUAUCCUUCAAAAGAAUGGAUUGAAAGACCUUUACAAAGUAGGUCUCAUGACUAAGGAUAUGCCAUCUUUGGAAAUACUAGACGUUAGCUGGAAUUCUUUGGAAUCUGAUGGACUCGAGGGAAAUUGCCUCUGGGUGGAGAGUAUCGUGAUGUUAGAUUUGUCUUCAAAUAUGCUUACAGAUUCUGUUUUCAGUUGCUUACCUCCCAGGGUCAAGGUACUCGAUCUUCACAAGAACAGAAUACAGAGCAUUCCUAAGGGAGUCAUGCAACUGGAGUCUUUGCAAGAACUCAACGUUGCUUUCAAUUCUUUAGCUGACCUUCCUGGAUGCAGUACCUUCAGCAGCCUUUCUGUCCUCACCCUUGACCAUAACGUGGUUUCCCACCCAUCAGCUGAUUUCUUCCAGAGCUGCCAGAAGAUUAGAUCACUAAAGGCAGGGAACAACCCAUUCCAGUGUACAUGCGAGCUAAGGGAAUUUAUCAAAAACAUAGGCCAAGUACCAAGAGGGGUGGUGGAGGACUGGCCUGAUUCUUACAAGUGUGACUACCCAGAAAGCUAUAAGGGCACUCCACUGAAGGACUUCCAUCCGUCUCAGUUAUCCUGCAACACAGUUCUGCUGAUUGUCACUGUUGGGGCCACCAUGCUGCUGCUGGCUGUGACCAUGACCCUCCUCUGCAUCUACUUGGACUUGCCCUGGUAUCUCAGGAUGAUGUUUCAGUGGACCCAGACCCGGCGCAGGGCCAGGAACUUGCCCUUAGAGGAACUCCAAAGAACUCUCCAGUUCCAUGCUUUUAUUUCAUACAGUGGGCAUGAUUCUGCCUGGGUGAAGAACGAAUUGGUACCAAACCUAGAAAAAGAAGAUGUACGGAUUUGCCUCCACGAGAGAAACUUUGUUCCCGGCAAGAGCAUCGUGGAGAAUAUCGUCAACUGCAUUGAGAAGAGCUACAAGUCCAUCUUUGUUCUGUCCCCCAACUUUGUCCAGAGUGAGUGGUGCCAUUAUGAGCUCUACUUUGCCCACCACAAUCUCUUCCAUGCAGGAUCUGAUAACUUAAUCCUGAUCUUGCUGGAACCCAUUCCCCAGAACAGCAUUCCCAACAAAUACCACAAGCUGAGGGCUCUCAUGACACAGAGGACAUACUUGGAAUGGCCCAAGGAGAAGAGCAAACGUGGACUUUUUUGGGCUAACAUUAGAGCUGCUUUUAAUAUGAAAUUAACACUAGGCACUGAAAACAAGGAUGAAAAAACUUAAACAGAAAGGGAGCUCAACUUAAGAAACCAUCACUGACAUGGAUUCCGAUGACUACUAUGGUUUUAAGUUCUCAUCUAGAGAUCCUUCUAGCCUUCAGGAAAGACUUAAUGUAACCGUGUUUCAACUGAGCUGAGGAAUUAGGCUGGCAUGAGGUGGUGCUAAACCUGCCCAUCUCUUUCAGUUUAACCAUUCUUUUUCUCACUAUCCUUUGUAAGGAAAUGCUCAACCAUUCAAGGGUUCUAUUUUCAAAUAGUUCUGAAAAACUAAUUUUUCAGGCCAGUCAGUGGUCUGUUGGUUAAGGCAGCUGGAUCUCACAUGGCUGAUAACUAUAUAGUUCAAGUCCUGGACCUGUCAACUAGAAGAACACAUCAGGUGUGUGUGCAUGUGUGCUCAAAAUCCUGAGAGGAGAAUGGUGAAGGGAUUUCAGUGUGCCCAUCCCCUUGGGAGUACUUUUUCACCCACCCAGCUCCCAACCACCAUGACAAGUGCAUGUGCCCUACAGCAAUAUUGUUUUUAAAGUAUUUUUUCACAUUUGCGUAGUAGUUUAGUUUUUGACCCUGUAACAGGAUCCUGAAGGCUAGGGGCACCUCCAGAAAGGACCUUGUAAAUUAUGUAUUAACCAAUAGGGGCUUAUGACAUAAUGUUGGUAUUUAAAGGGAAAUACAGCCUUAGUCAAAGGCUGUUGAGAUGAAAGACAUUGAUUAACCCAUUUGCCAAAGAAACCCAAAUGUAUUUAUAACUUGAUAUUUAAUGAGACUUUAUGGUUGUCUUGGAA